AUGAAAAUUAGUGAAGGAAAUAUAAAUGCUCUCGUUGAAUUAAAAAAAGCAGAUCAAUGUGGUGUUAUAUGUGAUUACACUGAGAUAUGUGGAUUAAGGCAUGAUGGUAUUGGCUAUAAGAUAAGACUUUUUGAAAAUAAUUGCGAAUUGACUAAGUACAAUUGUAACAAUGAUCUGCCAUUUACAAUAACAGAUCUUUUUGUAUGUAAAGCUGAGUUUAAUAAUACCGUUGGAGAAGAAAACCAAACCUAUAAGCAAAGUAGUGAAGGGAAUAAAGAAGGAAUCAAAGAAAGUUUGGUUGUAGUAAACAGUAAAAUGUUCGGACAUUACGACAAUAUAAACGAUUCCAUAGAUACAUUAUUUGAUGCGUCGCACGUAUUUGAUUUGCCUUUAAAGGAAGUUCCUUUGAAUACUAGAAGGAAGUUGCUGAAAUAUGCGGGGCCGGUACAAGUAUUUGUACCCUGGAUUUCAAAGCCGGAAAACAUCAGCAACGAUACUUUUUGCAGGCCAACUCUUUCUUCGUGCUACCAUAAAUGUCCUUUUAAAUGUCCAGACACUUACGCCCCUGUCUGCGGUGUUCCUGGUGUGGUAGCUCGAGAGCCGUUUCUAAUGUUCCAGAACCAUUGCUUCAUGGACGUGGCACAGUGCAAGAUGUUCUGGGAAAAUAAGAGCAGUACCUCACAUAGCUCCUCUUACGUGGAAUCCUCGUUCCUAUUCUGUAUGGGUGACGAGAUAAACGCAGUGUAUCGCUUUAUGCCCGCAAUCAGGACUCUGCAGCACAUGGGCCGUUUGAAGAAAAAGGGGAAAUUCAGGGCCAUACUGAAGAACUUCAGAUUUGUUAGCGAGUUCCGAUAUGGCCGUCCCAAGUUUAUGGGAAGGAAAUAGUAAAAAAACUCUUGUGCUUUCUUGAACUCGAUA